CGCAGGCACACACAAGCAGCUACUACGGGAAUAGUCACUGUGCAGGGCAAAUAUUUUGUGCAGUGGCGCGUUAACAUAGAGUCUGUGUGUGUGAGGGUCGUCAACAUGGGUUGUCACUUGGCUCACACCUGCCUGUUAUUCUCUCCACCAGCAUAUAAUUAAUGUCAUUCACCGCUGGGCAGGCUCGGCACACUGCACUGACAUAAGGCUCCUUGGAGAUAGAGGAAUGCAAAUCUGCAACCAUGAUGGAAGGAUUGAAAAAACGUACCAGGAAGGCCUUUGGGAUACGGAAGAAAGAGAAAGACAAUGACUCUACGGGGUCCCCAGACAGAGACGGGGGUUCUCAGAAGAAGAGCAACGGGGCCCCAAAUGGCUUCUAUGGAGAUAUUGACUGGGACAGAUAUAACUCUCCUGAGGUGGAUGAUGAGGGCUACAGCAUCAGACCUGAUGAGGACCCAGAAGUGGGAGCUACCACUAAGAAGGCCCACUUCUUCUCCUCUGAUGAGUCAGAAGAGGAGGAGGACCACAGGAAAAAAUUCAAAAUCAAGAUCAAGCCGCUGCCAGCCGACCUCGUCGUAGCGGCACCCUCGGUCGACGAGCUCAAAGCCUCCAUAGGCAACAUAGCUCUGUCCCCGUCUCCUAUGAGACGUAGCCCGGGUCUGAAAAGGAAUACAUCCAGUGAGGAGAUUGCCAGACCGAGACGUGUCGUCCCUACUGUACCCACUGUGGCCCCCACACCAGCUCCAGCACCACAACCCCCCAGCAGUCAACAGACACCAGUCCCUGAAGACACCACAGCCUUAUUUGGCCCUCCUUUGGAAACAGCCUUUGGAGAACAGAAAACUGAAGCUCCACCUCCACUUCCACCCAAGAAUGUCCCAACAUCCCCCCCGACGACUGGCCCUCCCUCUGCAGAUGAUGAUGAAGUGUCAACAGAAGCAAACGGCAGGAAGCCCUCGAUAGCAGACUUGGACAACAUUUUUGGACCAGAGCAGUCCCCCCCUGCUAAUGAGGAUGCAGGUGACAAGUGGGUCUGCUUCAGUGAAGAAUCUCCUAACCAGCCGGCUCUACCAAAGGACCCUGCACCUCCACUCCCCUCCUCCCCACCUCCUCCAGAGGAACCAGCACCUCCGUUGCCAGCCUCCCCGCCUCCACGUGAAUCUCCUGCCCCUCCGUUACCUACAUCACCACCUCCUUCAGAGGACCCUGCUCCACCUCUCCCUACCUCCCCUCCCCCAAAACACGACUCUGUUCCCCCUCUACCGACUUCCCCGCCUCCCGCAGAGGAACCUGCUGCACCUACUGUCUCUUCAGGUCCUCCCACCCCUGAAGACCGAAAUCCUCUCACACUUGCCACUUCUCCACCCCCUGCACAACUAAAGGAGCUUGCAUCUUCUCCCCCCACUUCCUCUCCCCCUCCUCUCGACUCACCUGCCAACAUCGCACCAGCUUCUGCUCCUAAAGCAACCACCCCUCCAGCAGUGACUCCUCCUUCUGAGGAACCUGCAACGCACUCUGUCCUACCCCCCCUCGUUCUGUCUCAUGAGGAGCAGCCCAAGAGCACAGACAGCACCCAGCCCAAAGAGGACGUUGGUGAAACUGCCAGCUCACCCAAAGAUGCUAACCGGAGUACACCUCCCCCACCUCCUCCCCCCACAUACCGGGCAGUGGUGUCAUCACCGGGUCCUACAUCUGGCACGAAUAGUGGUUCCUCCUCUCCAGUGCGUCCUGCGACUCCUUCGUCAGUCAACCCCACUCCACCACCACCUCCACCUCGCCCCCCUUCACGGCCCAAACUUCCUCCUGGGAAACCCACUGUAGGAGAUGUGAAUCGCCCCUUCAGCCCGCCGGUCCACUCGGCCAGUCCCCCUCCCAUUGCCCCGUUGGCGCGGGCUGAGAGCACCUCCUCUAUCUCUUCCACCAACUCGCUGAGUGCCGCCAACACCCCCACCGUCAGCAAAGAGCUCUCCGUGUCUGUGUCAGAGAAUGACCAGCCAUCCCUUGUAUGGUUUGACAGAGGGAAGUUUUAUUUAACCUUUGAAGGCUGCUCCAGAGGGCCCAGUCCUCUCACCAUGGGGGCUCAGGACACUCUUCCAGUGGCCGCUGCAUUCACAGAGACAGUCAACGCCUUCUUUAAAGGAGCCGACCCCAGCAAGUGUGUUGUGAAGAUCAUAGGUGAGAUGGUUUUGUCGUUUCCGGCGGGAAUCACGCGGCACUUUGCCAAUAACCCGUCCCCUGCCGUGCUAACCUUCAGCAUAACCAACUACAGCCGACUGGAGCAUGUGCUGCCUAACCCCCAGCUCCUCUGCUGCGACACCACCACACAAGCCAAGGCCGAUGCCAAGGACUUCUGGGUGAACAUGCCAAACCUGAUAUCCCAUUUAAAGAAGGUGGCAGAGCAGAAACCACAGGCAACAUACUACAACGUGGACAUGCUCAAGUAUCAGGUGUCAGCGCAGGGCCUCCAGUCCACUCCCCUGAACCUGGCAGUGAGCUGGAGGUGUGAGCCCACCAGCACUGACCUGAGGAUAGACUACAAAUACCACGGGGAGGCCAUGUCGACGCCGAUGGCCCUUAACAACGUCCAGUUCCUUGUUCCUGUCGAUGGAGGGGUUUCGAAACUGCAGGCUGUCUUACCUCCUGCUGCAUGGAAUGCAGAGCAGCAAAGAAUCCUUUGGAAGAUUCCUGAUAUCUCACAAAAAUCUGAAAAUGGAGGUGUGGGAUCAUUGUUAGCACGCUUUCAGCUAACAGAGGGUCCCAGUAAACCAGCUCCACUGGCGGUGCAGUUCACCAGUGAGGGCAGCACCCUGUCAGGCUGUGACAUUGAACUGGCAGGGCCAGGAUACCGUUUUUCCCUCGUCAAGAAGAGGUUUGCGGCAGGAAAGUACCUGGCUGACAACUAACCCAUGCUACUAAGAACAGCAACAAACAGUGAGCAAAAUCAUAGUAGUGGACUGAGGUUGACACCGAGGACAGAGGACAGACCAACACCAGACAGACUUUCCAAGGACCUUUUCUGAACCCACACGACAGGUCCACAGCCUACCCAGCAGUAUUCUAUAACUUGCAUAUAGCAUCGUGGAACAGUUUUAGGUCAUGUAAUUAUUGUAUUUGUAUUCAUUUCAUAACAUCUGUAUUUCUGCAGUUAGACACCUGGGUUCUCCCCUCCUCUAAAGUCUGUGCCUCUGUCUCCAUCCUCCUCUGGUCAGUGUUUGGUGGUGUUUUUCAAAGUUUCACUGCAGCUGCCUGACUGAAGACAUGGACAGAAAGAUUUUCGGCCAGACUGUAACUCUGGAUGAUGUUUGCUGUCCCCAGUCCAGGAAAUUUUGGCAGUAAAAACACCCUUGAGUAAGAUCUGUGUGGUCAGACAUACACCUCAAGCUCUGACACAUCCUAUAUUAGACUAAGUAGAGCUGAAGCAGGGCCCAGGACAAUACAUAGUAAGUUACACACCUUCAUUAGCAAAUAAGAAAAUCACAGCUCUGUAAAUAAUCCUUCUGUUAGGAUCUGGGCUCAAAGCUAGAGACAGCUGUCCUCACACUGACAGCGACCAUUUGUGUGGCUUUUGCCAGCAAUCGAAUGCAUUUACUGAUGCAGUUUGACACAUGUUGUCACAAACAGAUGAAAGAUGGUGUUUCUCGCUGGUGCUUGUGUGCGAUCGGAUGCGGCACAAGAUCAACUACAAAAAAAUAGAUUUAGGAUAGAUAGAUUUUCAUGCAUUGCCUACUGGUACUACAGGGUCACAUGACUUUGGAUCACAUCAUUUCUAAUAUAAAUGCACUGAUCAGUCAGUCAAACUGUUAUGUUAUUUCUCUGGAAUACACACACGUGGAGAGGUUUUUAGCAAGUUAGGCAGCUGCAAUGAUAAAUUAGUGUACUGGUUGCAAAAUAAGAAAAAUAUGUUUUUUUCCCGUCAGAACAAAAGAAGUAAAGACGUGUACAAAGUGUCAUUUUAAAUCAAUAAUAUAUAUCUUAAAGGGCGUUUGGUGUUUUCCUCGUAUUGUCAGAUAGCCUUUCUGUUGUUCCCAGGACAGCAGUGUUAGACUCCAGAGUACAUGACAGCAUUCUAUUUUUAUUUAUUGAUGACGAUGAUUUGUUGUAUAAAACGUGAUUCUGUAUAUGAAUAGAAAUUGAAUGGUAUCACACAACUCAGAACCCUUAAAGGUAUAAAUAUUUAAAUUCUCUCUUUCUGUUUUUUGUUAUCUGUGUAGUUGGGUAACCUGUGUACAGUAUAAGGUAUAAUUUUUGAAUUUAUUUCAGAUAUAAUUUUUUAACUCAAGUGCAACAGAAGAUUUGAGCUAUAUAUGGGUGUGGGGGUAAUUUAAAGAAAAAGAUAAAUAUCUUCCCAGAUGCUGUGUUAUGCUUUGUGAAAGCAGUGUUAAUGUAGAGUUAGCUAUACCAUGGGCAGGGUUUUUUAGGUUUUUGGAAAUAUACUUGUUCGUGGCCUUGCCGAGAGUUAGAUGAGAAGAUCAAUACCACUCUCACGUCUGUGUGUUAAACAUGAAGCUGGAGUUAGGAGAUGGUUAGCUUAGCGUAGCAUAUAGACUGGAAACAGAGGAAGCUUAAGACAGGAAAUCAACACAGAAUGGUGGUCUACUCUGUACAAAGAACUACAUGUUAAAACAAGUAGUGGUUUUCGAGGCAAUAUAACAUCAGUUUUUGAGUUUUAGAGGCCCUAUUAGAUUUUUUUACCUUAAUAGUUAUCUUGGUUAGUUGGUCCACCAUUUUGGUCCAAAUUGAAAUACCUCCACAACUAUUGGCUGGAUUGAUUAUUUGAAAUAAUGGUCUCUUAACUUCCCCUGUAGCACCACCAGCAGGUUGAAAUUUAAAUAACUCCAAAACUAAGGACAUUCCCAUUAACCUCGAGUAUACUUUGCUUAGAGCUGAUAAACAAAUAUUAACUUGUUAACACACUAAGCUAUUUCGUUUAACAUUGCAAACAUUAUACAGGCUAAAUAUCAGCAUGUUGGCUUAGUCAUUGUGAACAAGUUAGCAUACCAGUACCAUAUGCAACCUCACAGAGCUGCUAGCAUGGGUUUAGCCUCUUGAGUAUUAACCACUGGACAUAGCCAGGCUAGCUGUUUACUCCUACUACCAGUCUUAAUGCUAAGCGAAGCAGUUGCUGGCUGUAGCUUUAUAUUUAACAGUCAGACAUAAGGUUGAUAUCCACCUUCACAUCUAAUUCUCGGCAGGAAAGCAAAUUAACAUAUUUCCCAAAAAUGCUGAGCUGUUCCCUUAAAUAACAACAAGACAGUGACGACAAAAACACAAUCAGUUUUUCUCAACAACAGUGAUGAAGUUUGGUUACCAUGGUGCCACUACCUGAAACAGGAUUUGUUUACUGGGACCAGCUUGUUGUUUUUUUUUUAAUUCAAACCUCAUCGUGAUAAAACAAACAUUCUCUGUUCCUGCAUCUACCUUACUCGGUUAUCACCUCAGCUUUGACCGUGUCAUCAGUUAAGCUUCUCACCUGUGUCGUACCUGUUUUCAUUCACCUCAGUGGUACCUAAACCCCCUGAUUAUAUCAUGAGCACAUCCCCAAUCGUCCAACCAGCGCUCACAUCCAUGGCUUUAUUUUGCAUAAUUGUAAUGGUCUCUGUGAGAUGGCAUGAGCUGAAUGAGGUUGUGGAGCGAGGUUAAGUCGACCAAAAUGCUUUGAUUGUUUUUCUGUUUGUUUGUUUUUGGUUUUGUUUUUUUUGUAUUUUAUGUGAGUCAGUCCUCUGUUAAGGAUAAUAAGCUGAAUAUUUUUAAAAUGGAUAAAAAUGAAAAAAUACUAUAUUGUUUAAUGUGAAAAAAAAAAACACUGUGCUUAUGAUGUUGAACUUCCUGAAUGCUCUGACACUCAACAU